CAAAUCCGGCUCCUCCGAACAACGACAAUAUUGCUUCCAUGAAGAAGGGGGCAUUGAAACAGCUCUGGGAUGAGAAGUAUGCUGCCUUGAACUCUCCAAACUUUGGGUGGACUUCCGAUGACGAUGAUGAAUUAGAACGGCUUCAAAGUGGCACAAUUGUCGACUUUCCGGAAGACGUUGGUUUGCAGUCGCGUUGGGAUACGGAGGACGAAGAGAUUGCCACAAGGCUCCAAACCAUUGACAAGGGUCGCCGCCAUAAAGUAUUGCUGGAAGUACUCCGAUCUAUGAAACCAGAUGAAGCCGAUGAUGUAUUUGCGGAUGUGUAA